AUGAAAAAAGUUGAAGUGCUGAAUCCAACAAGAGUCGCUACCGAAGCGAGGUACGAGCGAGCCGGAGAUCCCGAUUUCUUCUCUACCGAGAAUAAGAUGGACCUUGGGAACAUACCGGACGAACUCCCGGAGCUUACGCAGGUUGAGGAGCAGCUCAUUGCCCGAGUUCACGUAUAUAUCGACGUCCGUUUAAUUCGGGCGCAGCAAUACCGGUUUAGCAAACACUACGUGAGCUUCCUACGUGAUACUGGCUCUCUUUUCGACCAACUUCCCCGACUUCCCCGGGAGCUUGACAUCAUCAUCCUACGGCCUCGAACCGGGGGGGCCCCGAACGCUGCCCACACCCUCCGGGCCUUCCGGGGUGACUUCAGAGUCCGCCGCCGCUAUAUUGAGAUAUGGUUACAGUACCUGAUUGCUCACCACCCCGGUUACGCCGACCUCGAGAUCAACGCUGAGCGUCUCUCGAGCUUGCCAGUCGAUGCCGAGGUGACAGACGACGUCACCAUAAUCGAUAUUGAUGAGGAACCCCCGGUAGUACCACCUCGUGACGACGAAGAGGAAGACGACAACGUUGACAACGCUGCUGCACCUAACCUCCUCCCCGCCGAUUCGGACAUCUCACGUUUACGUCAACGUUUUGGUCUUGCCGGUGAUGAGCAGGCUCCCGAGCAGCCACCUAUCCUCAACCAGCUGGAGAUCCCUAGAGUGAGGCGGACGCCUAUCUCCGACUUCAACAAGAGUGUGGCACUCAUCAGUCUUGCAAUGCCUACCCUGAUGCCUCAAGCCCUCGGGGAGUUUACGCAACAACGGCAGCGUGAGGUAAAGUGGGGCGAAUAGAUCAAGCACGCUAUACGUUAGUAUGAUGGUCGUUUUGCUCGCCAUCCUCGGUUCAACUACCUCGUGUUCAACACCACGAUGCGUGGCCAGGUCAAUAAGAAGAGUUCCUGGAUGGUUAACCGCCAAGCCAAUCCCCUCCGGUUCGAGAUACCUGAGCUGCGGGAUGCCCUUGAUUCCAAUACCGUGGAGGGCCAGGUACUUUUGAACUCGAUCGUACGAGCUGGGGACGUUCUCCGUGGUACCAGGCCGUUCUGGAAUAAGGCACGGCGAGGCCUAGAGGCUAUGUGCUACGGACUCAACUGCCCACACUUCUUCCU